GGAGCGGUAUAUGAAAACAGCACGGAAGAAAGUAGAAGGGGAAUUAUUUCCUUGUAGCGUGAAAGAGACAGACUGAUCACCAGCGAGCUUCGGCAAUAGCGUAUUGUGUUUUGUUUACAAACAAAACACAGUAGACUUCCAAGAUGGCUGAAGAGUGGUUUUAGCAAGUUGGCCCACCUUAGUAUAUACUUCUAGGCGCCUUGGUACCAUAGACCCGUCUUGGAUGGCACUUUGUCAAGUUUGUUAAGCCGUUUACUGAUCGAGAAAUCAUUUUUUCGCGUUUUCAUUAUUUUGUCACGAAAUUUUCCGUUUACGUAAAGUACGUAAAGUUCGGUGUGAGUUAAGUGAAUACAGACUGGCUGGUUACAAAUCGCGUAAUAGUUUUCUAGCGACCGAUACGCUAACAAGAAAAAAGAAAUGAAGGAUAUGAUCUUAGCCCUUCCACGAUGGAUUCGCGUAUCCGCUGUUGUGCUCGGAAUUGGUGUAGGAACGGAAUUGAUCUACGAAAUGUAUCAUAGCUUGCGAGCCUACCAUGAGAGACGUGAGGCACGACGACGAGUGGGUCGAGAAUUGACCGAAGUGUAUUUUGCGAAUGAACGAAGCAUCGAAGGGUAUGCGACCGGAACAUCCAUGGAUGACUUCAUAAAGGAGCACGUAAACCGAAUAGUGGGCUUUCUGGACAGGGCCCGGAUGUCGAUCAAUCUAUGUAUGUACAUUAUAACCGUCGAUAGCAUUGCAGAUGCCGUCCUGCGGGCUGCGAAACGAGGCGUUCGUAUACGUGUUGUCGGAUGUUCCACGAUGGCGUACAGUUCGGGUUCACAGAUGAUCAAACUGGUCCGAGAAGGAAUUCCGGUGCGUUUCAAUCGGAUGGAUGAUGCCCGGUUGAUGCACCACAAGUUUUGUCUGAUCGAUACCGAUUGGCUCUGCCCGCGAUGUUAUCAUAUGGAGAAUGUUCGUAAAAGUGGUUUUUGCUGUGAUGCAAUGAAUGAUGGCACCAUUAUCGAUAAUAAUGCUAAUGAAUGUGGUAAGAAUGUCGAUAGAAUGAAAACCGGAAGAAGAGCACGAUGUGAGCUAGUCGACGAUGGAUCACAAAAUGGAUGUUCUCGCUGUAAUCUGCAACAGAAAAGGAAGAUAGAAAAAUGCCAAAUUCAGGAGAUGGGUACCGAGCCGCUACCCCUCGGUGGAAUGAUCAUUAGCGGAUCGACCAACUGGACGAUGCAGGCCCUUUCCGGCAACUGGGAUAACAUGAUAAUCACAUCGAAAGCGGAUAUUGUUUUACCGUUUCAGUUGGAAUUCCAGCGGCUGUGGAAGGAGUUUGCCAAUUUGCCACCGGUGAUUAGUGCCAAUAGUGAACGGAGUGUCAAUGAACAGUAACAAUAAUAGAAUAUGAUGAGCAAUGCCAGAAGUUGAAAUUUAAAUAGAAAAAAGGAAUUGAAAAGAAUGGUUUCGAAAAGAGAUAUCAAUUGAAAAUUGGACGACUAUUAAGUUGUGAGAAUGGAGUAGCAAGCAACACAGUUGCUUUUAUGUUUGUUUAAUAAUUGAUAUUGAUAUAACUAAUGUAAUCGCUUACAUUUAAUUUUCUUUGUAAUAAAACUGAAACUGACUAAAAAUGGUAGAAAGGUAUUGUUACAACACCUUGGCGUCGAGUGAGCUUUCGCACCUGGGACGGAAGUGUCUGGUUGCACCAGGCCCCGGCCAAGAGGAUAUGAUCCGCGAGUCAAGAUGUGUCGCAAAUAAAGCUGUCAUUGCCAAACUAUCAAACUACAGU